GCGCAUCCGGGACCACUUCCUGUUGCGAUGUUCAGAUAUAAAUACGGCUGGUUAUGAGUCAGAGUUCGUCAGAGAAGAGGAACCCAAUGAUUCCCAUAUGUCCAGUGGUCUCCUUCACCUAUGUGCCCAGCCGGCUAGGUGAAGAUGCCAAAAUGGCUACCGGCAACUACUUUGGAUUUACCCACGGUGCUGCUGCGCAGUACAGUCAGCAGCCGGCCGCUGGGGUAGCCUAUACCCACCCCACUACAGUGGCCAGCUAUACUGUGCAUCAGGCACCAGUGGCAGCUCACACCGUGGCCGCAGCAUACGCCCCCACAGCCGCCACAGUUGCCGUAGCCAGACCUGCACCAGUUGCCGUGGCGGCCACUGCUGCCGCUUAUGGAGGGUACCAGCCUACCCACGCAGCUACUGACUACGGGUACACCCAUCGCCAGCCGGAAGUGCCCCCACCUCCUCCUCCGGUCACAUCCCAGAACUACCAGGAUUCCUAUUCCUACGUUCGAUCCUCAGCCCCGGCUGUAGCUUACGACAGUAAACAAUACUAUCAGCAGCCCACAGCUACGGCAGCUGUAGCGGCAGCAGCUGCCCAGCCACAACCCACUGUGGCGGAAUCCUACUAUCAAACAGCGCCCAAGACUGGAUACAGCCAGGGCGCCACACCGUAUACGCAGACCCAGCAAACGCGUCAAGUGACUGCUAUAAAGCCAGCCACCCCGAGCCCGGCUACCUCCACCUUCUCCAUCUACCCUGUAUCCUCUGCUGUUCAGCCAGUGGCGGCAGCAGCAGCUGCAGCAUCGGUGGUCCCGUCUUACUCCCAGAGUCCCACCUACAGCACUAAUGCUGUCACAUACUCUGAUCUAAAUCAUCAUUUCUUCCCAGGCACAUCGUAUUCAGGGUACGAGGCAGCAGUGUACUCCGCAGCGUCCUCCUACUACCAGCAGCAGCAACAGCAGCAGAAGCAGGCUGUAGCAGCAGCUGCAGCCACUGCAGCGUGGACUGGCAGCACGUACACCAAGAAGACCCCCUUUCAGAACAAGCCACUCAAACCCAAACAGCCCCCAAAGCCACCGCAAAUACACUACUGUGAUGUUUGCAAAAUUAGUUGUGCGGGUCCACAGACAUAUAAAGAGCAUUUGGAAGGUCAGAAGCAUAAGAAGAAGGAGGCAGCGCUGAAGGUUUCUCAGAGCAGUAGCAGCAGUAGCGGAGGAAGCAGCUCCGCCCGCGGCACGCAGAACCAACUGCGCUGUGAGCUCUGUGAUGUCGCCUGCACCGGGGCGGAUGCCUACGCUGCGCACAUCCGCGGAGCUAAGCACCAGAAGGUUGUGAAACUUCACACCAAACUAGGGAAACCCAUCCCUUCAACAGAGCCCAGUGUGGUGACCCAAGCCUCCACAUCCACCACAUCAGCUACCAGUAAGACGGCCAGCGCUGCGAUCAACAGUUCCACAAGCAGCACUGUGUCCUCUUUGUCUUCGUCCUCAAGCAUCUCAAGUUCUUAUCUCAAACCUCUUGGUAUGGUCAACAGCACCCUGACCUCUGCAGUGCAGGGCAAGAGCCCUGCCCCUAGCAGCCUUUCUGCAACCUCAGCUGCAGUCAAAAAGGUCAACACACCCAAGAUCAACUUUGUUGGUGGAAACAAGUUGCAGACUACUGGUGUUAAGAUGGAUGACUCUAAAGUUGAGACUGCUAAACCUGCACAGUUGUCGUUAGUCGCACCAUCUCAGGAGGUUAAAAACGACAUCCCUGAUCCAAUGUCCCCGCAGUCUGCUCUGGCAGCUCUGCAGAGUGAUGUCCAGCCUGUAGGACAUGACUACGUUGAAGAGGUUCGGAAUGAUGAAGGAAAAGUCAUCCGUUUCCACUGUAAACUGUGUGAAUGUAGUUUUAAUGAUCCCAAUGCGAAAGAGAUGCAUCUUAAAGGAAGGAGACAUCGUUUGCAGUACAAGAAAAAGGUGAAUCCAGACCUCCAGGUGGAAGUGAAGCCCAGUAUCAGAGCUCGUAAGAUCCAGGAGGAGAAGAUGAGGAAGCAGAUGCAGAAAGAGGAGUACUGGAGACGAAGGGAAGAGGAGGAGCGCUGGAGAAUGGAGAUGAGGCGCUAUGAGGAGGACAUGUACUGGCGGCGAAUGGAGGAAGAGCAGCACCACUGGGACGACAGGCGCAGGAUGCCAGAGGGUGGAUAUCCACAGGGUCCGCCAGGACCUCCUGGUCUCCUUGGGGUGAGGCCUGGAAUGCCCAUGCCACAGCCGCAAGGACCUGUGCCCCCACGUCGCCCUGAUUCUUCUGACGAUCGCUAUGUGAUGACCAAACACGCCGCUAUUUACCCUUCAGAAGAUGAGCUCCAGGCCAUCCAGAAGAUUGUUUCCAUCACCGAGCGUGCCCUUAAGCUAGUGUCUGACAUUAUCACUGACCAAGACAAGGGCAAAGAGGACGAAAAGGAGAAGAAGGAGCCGCCCAAAGACCGAGCACUGAAGGGUGUGAUGAGGGUCGGUGUCCUGGCCAAAGGGCUGCUUCUGCGUGGAGACAAGAAUGUCAACCUUGUUCUCCUGUGUUCUGAAAAGCCCAGCAAGAGUCUGCUGUCACGCAUUGUAGAACAUCUCCCUAAACAGCUCACACUGGUGACGCCUGAGAAAUAUGAGGUGAAGGGCUCUGUCCAAGAAUCUGCCAUCAUCUUGACGUCCGGUGCUGAUCCCAAGAUGCAGGUGACCAUCACGCUGACCUCACCAGUCAUUCGAGAGGAGGGCCCUCGGGAUGGAGAUGUAACCUCGGGUAUGGUGAAAGACCCAGCGGACGUCUUGGACAGGCAAAAAUGCCUUGACGCUCUGGCUGCCCUCCGCCACGCUAAGUGGUUCCAGGCUAGAGCCAACGGACUGCAGUCUUGUGUGAUUGUUAUUCGUAUCCUGCGUGACCUUUGUCAGCGAGUUCCCACCUGGUCUGCUUUUCCAAGCUGGGCCAUGGAGCUGCUUGUAGAGAAGGCAAUCAGCAGUGCCUCUGGACCAAUGAGCCCUGGUGAUGCGUUACGACGAGUCUUUGAAUGUAUUUCCUCUGGCAUUCUGCUCCCUGGUGGUCCAGGGUUGGUCGAUCCGUGUGAGAAAAAUCCCACAGACACGCUGGGUGCCAUGGAGGAGCAGCAGAGGGAAGACAUCACGUCAAGUGCUCAGUUCGCUUUGAGACUCCUGGCCUUCCGUCAGAUCCACAAGGUGCUGGGUAUGGACCCCCUGCCUCAGCUGAACCAGCGCUUCAACAUGAGGAACAAUCGCAAGAGGCGACGUGACAACAGUGACGGCACCGACGGCUUCGAGGGCGAGGGGAAGAAAGACAAGAAGGAUUACGAUGGCUUCUAAACUUCCACAAGCUUCACAGACUCCCGUGGCCAUUUCAAAUUCUGUGUAUUCCAGUGGUGCGAAAAUCGAUUCCUCUAGGUCUCUGUGCAUGCCAGUAACUUCUCCAGACAUCGUUCUGUGGCUUGUAUAAAAAGUUACUUUAAAAAAUUAAGAAUUAAAAAAAGAAUGUUGAGUGUCACAUUGGCUCAAAGCUUUCCCACUGGUGCCCUUCAGGGGCCGACAGCGGCAGCUUGGGGAAAUGCCUAGCUUCAUUUCCGAUUUUUGAAUUCCGGGGCAUGCCAUGAUUUCUUAAAGCUUUCAGCACAUGCAACACUUUUUGGACUUCCUGAAAGAGCAGGUUAUUGAUUGAUUUUGAUGUGCUCACAUCAGUGAUUUUAAAUAAAAGAUUUUGCUUGUGCUGAUUUCAUUUGGAAAUCUGAGGAUGUCUGUAUACCAACUGGAAACACAGGUAGCCUCUGCUGGUUAGUCUGGUGGCUACUUGUACUUUCCAUACAAAGACGUGGACCUAAAAACGCACAAUUAUUUAAUUAUAGUUAAGGAAUUGAAAUAUAGAAUGAAGGUCCUGGCACUUUUGAGGCGAUGUAUGCCAUCACCUUCUGCAAAAGAAUUCUAUUAACUAAAUUUAAUUUCCCAUUAAAAGUGUGGCUUAUUUUGCUAGUCAGCUAGCAUAGCAUGUGCUAAGCUAAUUUUUCUUUGUUUUUUAACACAAUUUAUCAAGGUUGAGAACAGGUUCAGCUCAAAGAUAACCACACCAGUUAGGAAAAGACUCAACAAUGUGGCUGCGAUUUUUAAUUAUGUGAAAAGGAGAAAAAAAAACAUUUGACAAUAACUUAAGUUUUGCGAUGUAACUUUGCGACGGGUUUUCUUAUUUUUGUUUUGAUCAUUUCUUUUUGUAACUUUUUGUUUUUUGGAUGGAGACAUUCCUCAUAACCACAGAUCCUAAGCUAAAUUGUGACCCAGUUGUACAUUCGUCGUGCUGUGAUGAAUGUAACAACGUUGACUGAACGUUUUGAAGCCUACUCGCAUGUGUUCUGUAGAGCUAAUACAUCCUGAAGGCUGUCAGCUUUUAGCCAUUUGUGAAGCGCCUCCUAAACCUCCUUAAAGGCUGUGUUCAGACUGACGGUCCAGAUUUUUCACUUUAGAUUGAAAUAGAUUUGAUUUGUCCGAACACCACAAACCUCUUUCUGUCACUCUUUAUUUACAGAGCUCAUUGUUUGUCACAUUGUAACAUGUCUCAUUGAAAUCUGGUCUGAGUGUCCUGACUGAGAUGCAUUUCUACGAUUUUAAUCUGAGCGUCCAGGCUGAGUCUCGUUUCUAGGAAUCCAAUCUAAGCCCAGACUGAGACGCGUUUCUAGGAAUCCGAUCUGAGCGUCCAGGCUGAGACGCGUUUCUAGGAAUCCGAUCUGAGCGUCCAGACUGAGUUUUAAUGUAUCCGAUUUGUAAGUCAGUUUCAAAACUCCUUCAGAUGUGUUUACUAUGAUACAAUACAAUUCUGUGUAUUUUUCUUCAUUGUGAAACAGUAGAUUUGAUUUGCAAAAUCUAAUUUUAUGCGGUUUUGGCUGUCCACACUAUCAAAAGUCUGAAUCCAAAUCAAAUUGGGGCUAUCAGUCUGACCAUACCCUGAUAUAUGUAAGUGGUGUAAAGCUGAGCUUGUUCAAAGGCUAGACUGUGCAAGUGUCUCAUGUUCACAGGCUUUUGUUGAGUAGCUGUAUUGCAUUUCUAAAAAGACACUGAUCCUUGAGAGCAGACUUGGGUCCAAUACAUGUACAGUGGGCUUUCCAGUGGUCAAUUGGUUUGUACAGGAUGUCAAAUGAACUAAAGUGAGGUCAAAACAGCGCUGUGCUAAAGACCACAGCAUUUGCACCACAAUCCUCUGUAUUGCUUCUGCUUUACUAGAUUUGCAUAGGAAGUGAUGCACCCUGAAGGAGCAGGUCAGUUCUAGACUGAGUAUAAACGAUGUUAUUAAUAUUAAUGUAUUAAAAUUAGCAGCAGUUGACCCAAGUCUGCCCGAGCUCCUUGUGUUCAUAGUGUUGUAAUCCCCAAAUGUAUCUUUGUGUGUACAUAUACAUAUAUGACCAUAUGUAGCUCUUUGUAGGCUAUAUGUGAUCUCUAAUAUAUGACCAUUAAUAAGCCUCUAUCUAAUCGCGCAAUAGAUUUUCGAAAAAAAAAAAAAGUCUGUAUAAUUUUAUGAACGCAUGGCCGAGUGUUGAAGUUUUGUUCUUGUUUUAUAGAUUUUGAGUUUUAUCAGUUUGAUAGAUGAGCAGCUGCUUGCCCUUUUCCUCGGUUUAACAGUUCCUAGUUUGGUGAGAAUCUAUUGAAGAGGGAGGGGGGCGGGGUUAUGUCUGUGUUGUAAUUGCGGAUGUAAAUCUAUCCUUUCCGUCGCCUGUCAAUCGCUGUCACGGUACUGCUGCAUAACAAUAGACAUAAUAAAGACCUUUACAGAA